UGAGAAGAAAUCCGCCUGCUAUCAGAAUGUAAUCACGCCUUCAAACAGUGCGGAUCGAAUUUGCAUGAGUUGAGAGCCAGGUCGCAAAGCGUUACACCAAGUAUGCGACAUGUGCCUGAAUGAGGGAAAGUCAAAACCGACAUCAUUAAGAAGAGCGAUCGUGUUAGCUGUGAAGCGGACGAGCAACAACCUAUUCGCAUUACACAGAUUGAAGCGCGAUUUCGUUCUUCAUACGACGCGGUAUUCUUCUCGUAGACCCGUUGCUCUACGCGAUGUCGCCGCCUACAUCAACCGCAACGUCUCCUCCCUCCGCAAAGGAAGGUCCGUAAAGGACAGGAACCAAAAUGAUGUAUUGAGGGUCGUCUUCGUACGAAGAGGCCCAGCGGAUCACGUGACUCGGAAUCCAAAAUCGAUCGUGUUUUCCCGUCCUGGAUGUGGUGUGAAUUCCAUUCCAGUCGGUGGCGACCGAUGA